UCAAUCCAACCCUGGAACAGGCACCAAAGACGCAGUUUGUAUUUUUGAACAGAAGUUCUAACCUAUGGUGCCCAGUGAAAGGUGCGCCGGCUCCAUACAUUGUAUGGAGAAAAGAUGGUUUCGUUGUUCAAAAUAGUACCAGCAUAACAUUGAAACUUAAAAUAACGUCGGAAAACAACGUAAAUUACUGCUGCGAGGUACAAAGCGAUGGAGAGAUAUUUAGAAGGAACAUCAGCCUCAGAGUUGAAGAGUGCCCAGACCCGUGUGAAUGUGACGUCUUUCAGCAAGCUUUCAUGGGUGUGGAUUGUAGUGGAAAAGAACUGAAUUCAGUUCCUUGGAAAUUUCCACUUGCCAUGGCAAAAUUGUUCUUAACCAACAACAAUCUGAGGGACUUGCCCCAAGGCAUCUUCAGUAACCAUACCCAGCUGAGAUUUCUGUAAGCCAAGA